UUCACUGUCAUCCUCCUCUUCUUCACAGUCUUCUUCUUAUUAUAUUCUCCUUUCUCUGCUUCUCUGUUUUCUUCUUCUUCUAUUCCUACACUUUACCAUCUUUCCCUUCUCCUUCUUUCUCCUUCUCAUCUCUCUCAUCUCUCAUGAAGUUCUGUUCCUUUUCUCACAGUGAACACAGCUGAAUUCCAGCUCCCAGAUAAAGAUUAAACCUGUAGCAGGUUCUCAGGUCAGGGUCAGUAAAUCGUGGAACAGAGAGGGUUCUCUCCUCCUUGCCUUGUCCUGCGUGAGCUGGGGUCCACAGCAUGGCCUCCCAGCCUAGAAACUUUGGGGUGUGUCCAAGCCUGGGGAUCUGAGGGGGGAUCUAGGAUUACAGGCUCUUCAGGCAAGCCCAGCAGCAGCAGCACAUGUGCUGUCACUCAUCUGCCGUACAGACAGACUGCAGAGAGAGAGAGAGAGAGAGAGAGAGAGAGAGAGAACGAGGGAGAGAAAGAGAGAAAGAGAGAGAGAGAGAGAGAGAGAGAGGGGUUCAGCUGGGUCUCCUCAUCCUGGUCAGAACACAGUCUUCAAGCAGAAUUACAGUCCAGCUUCUGUCCAAGAACUUCCAGAAGUUCCAGGGGCUCACGGUACCCAGCGAACUCUGAUGGCCAUAGAAGAGAGAAGUGAAGUCAGAAUGGUGGGCAAGGUGCUGACGUUGGUGCUGGUGGGACUGGGUGUGCUGGUGGCGGCUGUGGAUCAGGUGCUGAGUAGUCCCCAUCCGAGACAAAAUGAUCUAAACCCGGCUGUGCUGAAUCCAUGGAGAGAGAAAAGUCCCGGUCUGGGCAGAGUGAAGAGGGACUGGAUCAUACCCCCCAUCAGAGUCCUGGAAAACAGCAAACAGGUCCCAGAGUACCUGGUUCAGAUCAAAUCAGACAAGGUUUUCACUGGAGCGGUGACCUACAGCCUGGAGGGCCCCGGGGUCAACCAGGAGCCCAAGGACUUCUUUGAGAUUGAUGAAAAAACAGGAUGGAUCAUGAGCAAGAUGCCCCUGGACCGAGAAAAGUACAAGAGCUUCACGCUGAAAGCCUUCGCCCUCUCUCCGAGUGGAGAGCGUUUGGAGAACCCCACCACCAUCGAGAUUUAUGUACUGGAUCAGAACGACAACAGACCCAGCUUCAUCCAGCCGGAGUUUACCGGUGCUGUGCCUGAGUUCUCCAUCCCAGGCACUUCAGUGCUGACUGUCUCAGCUGUAGAUGCUGAUGACCCCACCACAGACAACGCAAUGCUGAGCUACUCCAUCACAAAUCAGGAGAGCAUCCCUCCAUUCAGCAUCAAUAAGACCAUGUUUGGUAUCAAUAAUGAAACCGGGGUCAUCUACACUCGAGAUGUGGGUCUGGACAGAGACGUGGUUAAAUCCUUCCGGCUGACCUUACAGGUGGCCGAUAUGUCCGGAUUUGGCCUCACCAGCACCAGCCUUGCCAUCAUCCACAUCACCGACAUCAACAACCACAACCCAAAGUUCAGCCCUCAAACGUAUAAGAUGUUGGCGAUGGAGAACAAGGUGGGGGAGGAUGUGGGAAGAGUGAACGCUACAGAUAAAGACGAGAAGAACAGUGAGAACUGGAGGAUCAUCUACUCCAUCACAGGAGGAGACCCUAAGAGAAACUUCGCCAUCCGGACAGACCGAGUCACCAACCAGGGAAUCAUCUCUAUAGUGAAGCCUCUGGAUUAUGAGUCUCAGGCUGAGUAUCAUCUCACUGUAUCUGCGAAGAAUGAAGUCCCCCUCAGUAUUAAAGCCCCUUAUGAACAGACCAGCACUGCCACUGUCAUCAUCCGCGUUCUGAAUGAAAAUGAAGCUCCGCAGUUCUACAGGAACCCUAUAGAGGUGUCUGUCGCAGAAUCCACCAACCCAGGCACUGUCCUGAUCUCAGAUAUCGCCCACGAUCCCGACAACGGCAAACUCAGGUUUGAGCUUAGUUAUGAUCCUGAGAGAUGGCUCACAAUCAACCAAGAGACUGGAGAGAUCUCACUCAGAAAAAACUUCAACAUCCGCUCACCUCACGUUAAGAACAACAAGUACACAGCAGUGGUGAAGGUGUCAGACCCAGAUGCUGCUGGAAUUUCAGCCACGGCCUCGCUGGAGAUCACUCUGUGGGAGACGAAUGAUUUCCCGCCGGUUCUGGUUCCGAUGAUUGGCACCGUGUGCAGUGAUAGAGAACCGGAACGUCUGGGUCUGCUGCUGACCGCCGUGGACGAAGACCUGUCCCCUCACGCUGACCCCUUCAGCUUCGAAAUGGCAGACGCAGACAUGGCCGCCAACUGGACCAUCAUACCACUCAAUGAGACCCACGCCAUGCUGCAGCCUCGCAUGGAUCUCACCUGGGGUGAGUUCUCCAUCCCCAUCACUGUGUCCGACUCCGGUGAACCUGCCCGCUCCUCCAACGCUCUGGUGAACGUGACGGUGUGCCCGUGUGACAGGGCCGGCCAGUGCAUGUCCUUCGCUGCUGCAGCCAUUUUCAGAUCAAACGUGGGCCUCAGCUUCAUCGCCCUCAUCAUCAUCAUGGCCAGCGCUGCUCUGCUGCUCUUGCUGCUUCUGCUGGCCGUGGCUGUGAGGAGCUGCUCGGGACACCGUAUGAAGAAAAGUGGUGGUCUGCUGGUGGGGGACUCUGAGGACGACGUGCGGGACAAUGUCUUUAACUAUGAUGAGCAGGGAGGAGGAGAGGAGGACGAGGAUGCCUUCAACAUUGAUCUUCUGAGGACCCCGGGUGACAUGGCUCCUCCCCCAGAAACCUUCAGCCACCCUGUCUCUGGCUUUCCAAAACACAAACAGCCCCUGCGGAAAGACGCUCCGUAUAACCUGCCCUCGCCCCGGUACCCCCGCAAGCGCCCCACCAACCCCACCGACAUCGAGGACUUCAUCAACGACGGUCUGGAGGUUGCGGAUAAUGACCCUAACGCUCCCCCGUACGACACCGCCCUGAUCUACGACUACGAGGGGGACGGUUCUCUGGCGGGCAGCCUGAGCUCCAUCGCCUCUAUGGGCUCCGAGGAGGACCAGGACUACGACUACCUGAACGACUGGGGGCCACGCUUUAAGAAACUGGCCAACAUGUACUCCAGCGAUUAGACUCCGCCCACCUGUACAGAACUGCCCAGUCAGAUACUUCCCCUGAGAACCCAGUUUAAACAUAUUCCGUCUUGAGCGCUGGGGGUGUGCGGAUGACGCCCCCCUGCUGGUGUGGGCGGGGUUGGGUGUGUGUGUAUUAUUGAUGGAGGAUGGUUCUGAUGGGCUGAAUUUCAGUGUUUUGGUAUUCUCCUCUGGUGUUUUACUGAAAGGUCGUCGCUGUCGUGUCGCAGACGGCUGGCGCUGUUUCUCCCCCGUCCCGUUCCGUUACGGAUCAGCGGGCUGCUUCACUGUGCUGAUGUGAGGAGUGCCAGGCUCAGGGUGGCACAUGAUGACUCACCUUACACCCAAACAACAACAGGCAGCGGAAACACACCAGCACAUACUAAUCAAGAACAAGACCCGGCUUACUGACAACUCCAGAACCACAGCCUAGACCCAUAUUACCCAUAAUAACACUCAAAUCAUGACUGCAGGAAAAGCAACAACCAGGCCUGUCACAAUAACUAUUCUUGUUUGGAUGAUAUACAGCUCUGGAAAUAAUAAGAGACCACCUAAAAAUUAUUACCAAAUUAAAAUCCUUUGAAAUGCAAUCAAGAGGAAGAUGAAUGAUCACAAGCCAACAAACCACCAAACUGAACUGCUUGAAUUUUUGCACCAGGAGUAAAGCAGCAUAACGUUAUCCAAAAGCAGUGUGUAAGACUGGUGGAGGGGAUGCAUGCCAAGAUGCAUGAAAACUGUGAUUAAAAAACAAUGUUAAUUUUACUCAAACAUACCUAUUGAAACUGAUUCAGAAGCUGUAGUGGUCUCUUAAUUUGUUUUAGACAUGUAUAUAUUGCCCCGAAAUGUCAUUUUAACCCAUUAGAGCCUAAGCCUAGUUUUAAAUAUUGAUAAAAUAUUUUAAAAAAAAAAUUAUUCACUUCAAUUAAUCGACCAGCUCAUUCAUGUUUUUAUAAAUAUUUAAAAGAAGAAAUAUGAUGUGAAAUGGACUUUGGGUGUAGUGAAACAUGAUAACAAGUACAAACUUUUGUCAAAUAGCCCACCUCCAUUCACCCCCCAGCAUUCCAAAAUACAAUGAAAUUUAGCCGAUGCUCCCAACAAACAGGCUUACAAUACUAGUGAUAGGGGCAUAGUUACUCAUGCAAAAUGCAUGAAUUCCACAGUUUGCUCUAAAUGUCUCUUUUAUAUUCAUAUAUUUCCACAGAACAAACUUAGCAAUCAGUUCCUCUAUCCUACUUAUACGUUUGUGCUUAUCAGUUGAAUGAUCAACAAUACAGGGUUAGUACUGGCAUUUAAAAAAUUCAUUACUCAUAAUAAUUUUAAUUAUUGUUGUGAUUAAUACAAUUAUUGAACCCACUACUAUAAACAGAAUUCAAUUUGGCCAAUCUUACAUUGAUUCUUUUAUUUACAUUUAAAUAUCCACUUUUAAAAUCUUAAGUCUUUAUAAAAGGACAAAGUGUGAUUAAUUGUGAUUAAUCAGAUUUUUUUUCAACAUCACAUCAUAUUUCUUAUUUAAAAUAUUUAUAAAAACAUGAAUGAGCUGGUCGAUUAACUGAAAAAAAAAAAUAUAUAUAUAUUUUUUUUUGUUUUGUUGAUAUACUGUAUGUCCAUGAAACUGGGAUAU